UGUUUUGUAAUUUGUUUUUGUUUUGCUUUUGCGAUUUUACUUUAACACGAAAUAUAAAGUUAGAACUUCAUUGAUUUAAUAUAUAAUUAUUAUACUACUAUUGUUGUAUUGUUGAUGUUAGUUGCUUGCUCUCCGGAGUCUUACCCACUAGACCAUUACAACUUUUUGAUAGAGGUCUUGAACCAUAUGGAAUAUGGAAGCGAAUGCCAGUAGUGGUUCAUCAGUCUUUAUUGAUUUAUCAACAAGUGAUUUACUUGAAGAGUUUAAUGGUUCAACGCGUAACACAAGUCAACAGGACACAAAACAGCCACAUUCAGGGGACAGUGACCCGGUAUUAAAGAGAAAACUGAAAUGCCUUGAUUGCAAUCGCUACACGACUAGUGAUGAAGGCAAGAUGACUCGUCACAUAAGGAAGGUCCACAGAGGAGAGAACCCCUACCAGUGCUAUAUGUGUGACUACAGUACUUACAACAAUUGCCUGUUCGACGAGCACGUGAGAAUCCACAAAGGUAUAAAGCCGUUUAAAUGCGCGUUCUGCCCGCACCGGAACGUCUCCAAAAAAAAUCUGAAGAGGCACGAGAAAAUACACCGUCCGGACAACCCGUUGAAAUGCGCCAACUGCGACCACAUUGCCAGAAACAAGAGAAGCUUCGACUGCCACGCCAAGAAAUGCCCCCCGGACAAAGUAGAUGCAAGUCACACUUGCUCGUGGUGCGAUAAGCAGUUUGAAGAUGAGAACGCAUUAGUGAGCCACAAGUCGCACCUGAGAACUUGUAAUAUGCCACUCAAGGACAGCUCCAAGAGGUGUGCGUACACAACAUGCUCGUACAGAGCCAUGAAUCAGCACGAAGAACAAGAGCACGGGAAGCCCAAACGGACGUACAAAGCCCGAGUCAGUCGGUACAUGUUCAAAUGCAGUCUGUGCGAGUGGUCUUCCAACAGGAAGACGAAGAUUCUUCUGCAUCUAGUGCACCAUCCAAACCAGCUGCUCGAUGAGAACUUUAUAGACCUUUCAGUGUUGAGGAAGCACGGGAUUAUGGAGUGAUUAUCCUUAGUUUGUGUCAUUGGCUAAAUACAAUAAUGCUGUGUGAAACUUUCGAACUUUUUGACACUUUCGAACUGUUCGAAUUUAUUUAUUCAACGUUUUCGAACUAUUUCACACUUUGAAACUGUUCGUUUCGAACUAGAUUCGAUUAUUCUUCUUUCACUUAGCAAUGCAGAAACAAAUCGAUAUUUGAAGAAAUAUCCUGCGGACAAAGUAGAUGAAAAUCUUAUUUGCUUGUGGUGUGAUAAGCACUUUGAUGGUGAGAACGCAUUAGUGUGCCACACUUCGCACUUGAGAACUCGUAAUAUGCCACUCAAAGACUCAUAGAUCUG